GCAUAGAGAAGUUAUAAUAAAAUACUGAGAUACAAUCGUAAGUAAAAUAAAUGUGUGUGAACAAGCAAAUAUUCAAUGAAAAUGAAUAAAAAGUUAACUGCUGAAGCACGUGAGAGCCAACAACUCUCACUCACUAUCAAAGGCGGCAGGUUUUCAGAAGCACAGUACUAUUCUGACCGUCGCCAAGUUAUAAGCAGUAACAGAUCUAGACAUAGCGCGCUAGUAAUUACAAAUUGAGUCAACUUCAGUCAGAAUGGGGACAGGUGCCAAAAACUACCAGCCACCGGAAUGGAUCAAUGCUGAAUUCUUGCAAGAUGUGUUGAAGGAAUAUUUCAAAGACGACACCAUAGAAGUGCAGGAGAUAGUGGUGAAAGACGCGCUGCUGACAGGUGAUAAUGGCAGUGGCUUUGCGAGCGAAAUGCAUCGUGUGACUUUUAAUUUGACGCGGAAAGACGGUACCGGUCGCUUCUCGGUCAUAAUCAAAGAUCAUCCAAAAGGCUAUACUGGUGUUGUUGCGCACAAAAGUAAAUUAUUUAAACGCGAAAUUCUGGCCUAUAAAGAAAUUCUGCCACGCGUGGAGGAGUUGCUGGCCUCCAUUGGUGACAAAACGAAAAUUGCGCCUGCAUGCUAUUAUACCACCGAAACGCCUGAGCCCUUCCUUGUGCUGGAGGAUAUGCAACUAACGGGUUAUGAAAACUUUGAAAGAUGCCGCUUGCUUAAUCUAGACUAUACUUUGCCGACCAUAGAAAGGCUGGCAAAGUUACACGCCUGUUCAGCGGUCAUUGCGAAAGAGACACCGGAAAUCUUCGAAUUUUUUAAAGAAGCCCCCAUUUCCAGGAAUCCAGACCGCAAGGACUUUCUUUCAUUCUUUCCUGUAAAUAUAAGAUGUAUUGCUGAGGAAUUGACACACUGGAAGGGUUAUGAAGAGAUCACAGAGAAAAUGUUCAAAUUGGCUGAAAAUGUGCUUCAAAAUGCCCUUAAAAUGUACGAGUCACAUGAUCAGGGUUUCCAAGUUUUCAACUUGGCUGAUUUGUGGAUUGACAACUUAAUGUUCCAUAUAAAUAAUGACACAAAGGAACCCGAUGAUGUGGUCAUGUUAGACUUCCAAUUAUCUUACUACGGCUCACCGGCGGUGGAUUUGAAUUACUUCCUUUUUGGUUCAUUAAAUGAGAAUGUGCGGAAAGUACAUUUUAAAUUCAUCGUGCGCGAAUACCAUCGCAUAUUGAAAGAAACAUUAGAAAAGCUUCAUUAUGACGGUUAUAUACCAACGUUGAAGGACAUAAAUAUAGAGCUUAUUAAGAAUAGCCUUCAAGGUGUCAUCGCUGCCACAUGCCUCACACCACUUAUUUUCAUGGAAUCCACAGGAGAUGAAAAAUUGGAGAAUCUUACCUCACGAACGGAAGAAGGCGAUGAAAUGAGACGACAAAAUGUUGAAAAUCCCAAAUAUCGGGCAUUUCUGCAGCGCACUGUCAAGGAGUUCGAGUUGUGCGGUUUUUUGGACAAUUGAAAAUUAUAUAUCCAUA